GCGUGUUGUUUUCAAGCCGUCGACAUUUGUCAUCAUCUACGGGAAUUUCGGUUAAAAAAGAAUAGCGUUUGCGUUUUUUAUCUGCUGUAAAUUACAAACGAAAAUGCAAAAAACGUAUUCAGCUGCCCAAGUUUUCCUUAAAAGUUCAUCAAAUAAAUCGGCAUUAAAAACAGCAUUAAAAAGUACAACUGUUCUUGGAAAAAACUAUGCAACAUCAACUCAAGCUGAUGCUGAUCUUGUUGUUAUUGGGUCUGGACCUGGAGGUUAUGUUGCUGCCAUAAAAGCUGCACAAUUAGGUUUAAAGACAUAUUGCGUUGAAAAAAAUCCUACACUCGGAGGAACCUGUCUAAAUGUAGGUUGCAUUCCUUCCAAAUCAUUACUCAACAAUUCCCAUUACUACCAUGUUGCCAAAAAAGAAUUUGCUGAUCGUGGAAUAAAAUGUGACAAAGUUGAACUAGAUCUUACUAAAAUGAUGAAAGCUAAAUCUGACUCUGUCACUGGUCUUACUAAUGGAAUUGCAACUCUUUUUAAAGCAAACAAAGUUAACCGAGUGGAUGGAUUCGGUUCUAUCAGUGGACCUAACCAGGUAACUGUUUCUAAGUCUGAUGGUAGUAAGGAAGUUAUAACCACAAAAAAUAUUAUGAUUGCUACUGGUUCAGAAGUCACUCCAUUUCCUGGUAUUGAGAUUGAUGAAAAGACAAUUGUAUCAUCUACUGGUGCACUUUCUUUGAAAGAAGUUCCUAAACGCAUGGUAGUAAUUGGUGCUGGUGUCAUUGGUGUAGAGCUUGGUUCUGUAUGGCAGAGAUUAGGUUCAAAAGUAACUGCUGUUGAGUUUCUUGAUCAUAUUGGAGGCAUGGGUAUUGAUCUUGAAGUCUCAAAACAGUUUCAGAAAAGUUUAACUAAGCAAGGGAUGGAGUUUAAACUUGGCCACAAGGUUACUGGAGCAGCUAAGCAACCUGAUGGUAGUCUUAAAGUAACUGUAGUAAAUAACAAAACUGAAAAAAAAGAAGUUAUUGAAUGUGAUGUUCUUUUGGUUUGUGUUGGGAGAAGACCAUUUACCAAUGGAAUAGGCCUUGAGCAGUUAGGAAUUAAAAGAGAUGAAAAAAAUAGAAUUAUUGUUAAUAGCAGAUUUCAAACCGGAAUUCCUUCUAUAUAUGCUAUUGGUGAUGUAAUACAUGGUCCUAUGCUUGCACACAAGGCAGAAGAUGAAGGUAUUUUUGCAGUAGAAGGUAUAUGUGGCAGUGCAGUCCAUAUUGACUACAACUGUGUACCAUCUGUCAUAUACACUCACCCUGAAGUUGGUUGGGUUGGUAAAAGUGAGGAGCAGCUAAAGCAAGAAGGCAUACCAUAUAAAAUUGGAAAAUUUCCUAUGAUGGCAAACAGUCGUGCAAAAACAAAUAAUGAUACAGAUGGGUUUGUUAAAGUUCUUAGUCAUAAAGAAACAGAUCGGUUAUUAGGUGUUUACAUAGUUGCUAGCUGCGCCGGUGAAUUGAUUAAUGAAGCAGCACUUGCUAUGGAGUAUGGUGCAGCAGCAGAAGAUGUUGCUAGAGUCUGCCAUGCUCACCCAACCGUAUCGGAAGCUCUUCGAGAAGCCUGCUUAGCUGCUUAUUGUGGAAAAGCUAUCAACAGUAUUUAAAUUCUUGCCAUCAACAAAAUUUAAAUUCUUGCGCACUUUCUCACAAAUCUUUAUUUGCGUUUUUGUGUGUAUAUUUCGUAAUAAAUUAAUACUAUUAA